AUGGGACAAACUAUUUCUCCAACUUCCACUACAAGUUAUGAAAAAUUGAAUAAUCAAGAUGAUAAUUUCCAUCUCCAGAUUCAUCCUCAAGAGCUGCAAUUUCCAUUUGAAUUGAGGAAGCAGAUAUCAUGCUCUUUGCAAUUGUCAAACAAGUCAGAUAAUUAUGUGGCUUUCAAGGUUAAGACUACAAAUCCGAAGAUGUAUUGUGUUAGGCCUAACAAUGGAGUUGUGUUGCCUAGGUCUACUUGUGAUGUUACAGUUACCAUGCAAGCUCAAAAUGAAACACCUCCUAACCUGCAAUGCAAGGAUAAAUUUUUAAUUCAGAGCAUAGGUGUAAAGAUGGGAGCAAGCACAGAAGAUAUAACUUCAGAAAUGUUUAAGAAAAACUCGGGUUCUAAAAUUAAAGAGUGCAAACUAAGAGUUAUCUUUGUUGAACCAUCUCAACCAUUUACUCCAAUUCAAGAAGAAUCGGAUGAAUAUUUGUCUUCACGCUCAGAUCAGGCAAAUGCACUUAUUUUAAAAUUAAUUGAGGAGAGGGAUAAUGCUAUUGAGCAAAAUAAAAGGCUUGAGCAAGAAUUGUUCUGGUUUGCUGGGUUUAUAAUUUCAUAG